UUAGUAGACAUCCUUGGUUGGAUUGACAUCGUGUGGUCUUCUGUAAACUGUCUCUGCUGUCAGCGGGGUUCCCGGUCUGAACCAGAAGGGGUCCUGGUCUGAAGUCGAGGAGAUACCAAUGGAUCAACAGCCGGGCCAUGGCGACGGGAGGACUCUGGUCUGCGCUGAGCUCGGAGGAGGCAGAGCUUCCCUCGUCUCGGUGUCCUUUAACUUCAUUAACUCCAUCAUAGGCUCGGGAAUCAUCGGUCUGCCCUAUGCCAUGAACCAGGCUGGUCUGCCGCUGGGCCUGUUGCUGCUGGUGGGUGUUGCUGUCAUCACAGACUACUCCAUCAUCCUCCUGAUAAAGGGGGGCAACAUGUCGGCCACCAGCAGCUACCAGGCGCUGGUCCGCAGCGCCUUGGGCCGCCCCGGGUUCCUCCUGGUAUCCCUGCUGCAGUUCCUCUACCCCUUCAUAGCGAUGGUGAGCUACAACAUGACGGUGGGUGACACGCUGACCAAAGUGUUCCAGAGGAUCCCUGGAGUCGGUCCGGACCACAUGCUGGCAGAACGCAGCGUCGUGAUCUCCAUGGCAACCGUCCUGGUGACCCUCCCCCUCUCUCUGCCUCGCCACAUCGGACAGCUCGGGAAGGUGUCCCUCCUCUCCAUGGUGCUGACCCUGGCCAUUCUGCUGGUAGUGGCGGUGCGGGCCGCCACCCUGGGCCCUCUGAUACCCCCUACAGAAGAUGCUUGGGUGUUUGCUAAGUUGAAUGCCAUUCAGGCCGUUGGCGUCUUGUCCUUCGCCUUCAUCUGCCACCACAACAGCUUCCUGAUGUACCACUCCCUGCAGCGCCCCACGCUCAGCGCCUGGCUCAGGGUCACCCACGUCUCCGUGGGGACCGCCGCCGCGGCCAGCGCCGCCUUCGCUGUGGCCGGCUACACAACCUUCACCGGACACACACAAGGGGAUAUCUUUGAGAACUACUGCAGAGAGGAUGACCUCGUGACCUUUGGCCGCUUCUGCUUUGGCCUCAGCAUCAUGACCACCUUCCCUCUGGAGUGCUUUGUCACACGUGAGGUGCUGUCCAACGUGUUCUACCAGCGAGAGUUGUCCUCCCUGGAGCACGUGGCUCUCACCCUGCUGCUGGUGGCCUCCAGCUGCACCCUGUCACUGCUCUACGACUGCCUGGGCUGGGUGAUGGAGCUCAACGGGGUCCUCAGUGCCAUCCCGCUGAUCUUCAUCCUGCCGUCGGCGUGUUUCCUGAAGCUGUCUCCGGGCCGCUGGUUCCACUCGGAGAAGCUGCUGCCCAGCUUGCUGCUGCUGGCCGGGGGCGUCCUGGUGCUCAGCGGCCUGGUGCUCAGCGGCCUGUUCCCCCACAGCUGCACCCACGGGGACGAGCCCUCGUACUGCAACGCCUCCAGAACCGCGCCGCCCGGCUAGGGGGCGGGGCCUCCUACUGCAACGCCCCCAGCACCGCGCCGCCUGGCUAGGGGGCGGGGCCUAAUAUCGCCGUUUGAAGGAACCUUGUGUUGUUGUCAUUGUAAUAAAUAUUUGUA